ACCAGUGACUUCCGGCUAGGCCGUUGUCUGGGUGGCGCGGUCGAGUCAUCGCAGGGCCCCACCGCUUCGUUCUCCCGUCCCUCCCCGCGCCUUGGCGCGGGGGGUCGACUAGCCAAGUGAGGCGGGAGGCGACUCGGACCUUUCCCUGCAUUUCGUUUCGGCCAGUGCCGGGGGCUACCCGCCCUGGGAUCCUUGGGGCCCGUGAGGCCCACUCUUAGCGGCCCAGGCCUACCGCGGCCCGCCGCCGGCCCUCAUGAGGCAUAGCCUGACCAAGCUGCUGGCAGCCUCGGGCAGCAACUCCCCAACCCGCAGUGAGAGCCCGGAGCCGGCUGCAACCUGCUCGCUGCCCUCGGACCUGACCCGGGCGGCAGCGGGGGAGGAGGAGACGGCGGCGGCCGGAUCUCCCGGCCGCAAGCAGCAGCUUGGCGACGAAGGAGAGUUGGAAGCCGGGAAGGGGAGCCGCGGCGGCGUGGCCGUGCGCGCGCCCUCGCCCGAGGAGAUGGAGGAGGAGGCGAUCGCCAGCCUCCCCGGGGAAGAGACGGAGGAUAUGGACUUUCUGUCUGGGCUGGAACUGGCGGAUCUCCUGGACCCCCGACAACCGGACUGGCACCUGGACCCCGGGCUUAGCUCGCCGGGGCCUCUCUCCUCGUCUGGCGGAGGCUCGGAUAGCGGCGGCCUGUGGAGAGGGGACGAUGAGGAUGAGGCCGCGGCUGCUGAGAUGCAGCGCUUCUCUGACCUGCUGCAAAGGCUGUUAAACGGUAUCGGAGGCUGCAGCAGCAGCAGUGACAGUGGCAGCGCCGAAAAGAGGCGGAGAAAGUCCCCAGGAGGAGGCGGCGGUGGCGGCAGCGGUAACGACAACAACCAGGCGGCGACAAAGAGUCCCCGGAAGGCGGCGGCGGCCGCUGCCCGCCUUAAUCGGCUGAAGAAGAAGGAGUACGUGAUGGGUUUGGAGAGUCGAGUCCGGGGUCUGGCAGCCGAGAACCAGGAGCUGCGGGCCGAGAAUCGGGAGCUGGGCAAACGCGUACAGGCACUGCAGGAGGAGAGUCGCUACCUACGGGCAGUCUUAGCCAACGAGACUGGACUGGCUCGCUUGCUGAGCCGGCUGAGCGGCGUGGGACUGCGGCUGACCACCUCGCUCUUCAGAGACUCGCCCGCCGGUGACCACGACUACGCUCUGCCGGUGGGAAAGCAGAAGCAGGACCUGCUGGAAGAGGACGACUCGGCGGGAGGAGUCUGUCUCCAUGUGGACAAGGAUAAGGUGUCGGUGGAGUUCUGCUCGGCGUGCGCCCGGAAGGCGUCGUCUUCUCUUAAAAUGUAGGGUCAAGUAAUCUGCUCUUUAUCCGCGUUUACCCCUUUCAACUCCCUUACACCAUGUCAAACUUACCUUAGUGGGACAUCUUCACCGGACACAUUUCAGAGGAGAGAAAAAAAUUUCUUUUUUAGGUGAUUUCCUUCCUGCCAGGCUCCGUUGUAGGGGUUACAGAACAGUCGUUCCCGCCUCACAACCUGGUAAGGAUCCAUCUCUUCCCGUAACGCUCAUGCUCUGCUGCUUAGUCUACUUUAAUGGGCAACAUCUCAGUUUGUGUGUGUGUGAUUUUUUUUUUUUUUUUCUGUUUUGGAAGGUGGGAGGGAAAUCUAAUUUGGGCCCUGUCCACCCUGGAAACAGACUUGUGCUGGUCAAGAAUGUAUUUAAGAUGCCUCUUCUGGUUGAAAUAGCUAUUAAUGUGUCACCUUAUUCAGACUUGCGUGUACCUAGCUCUUCUGUCCCCAGUGUGGACAUGGCCUUGGAUGACAUCGGUUCCAACUGUACACUGAAACCUGCUUAUAGAGAGACAGUUUGGAGACAGUGAAACAGGUGAAGUUGAAUGGAAGUUCCGAGUUGUACAAGGUGCAAAUUGGAAUUCCGAUUUUAGGGCAACUUUUCAGAGGUUGACAAUAAGUAUUUGGGGCAUGCACAAAUGUGUUAGUUAUUUUGCUGGAGGUGACAGGUAUCUCUUAAAUAUCAACAAUGCCUUUUAGUUUUCAGUAAGAGAUACAGAAACAGUCUAUAUGGAGUAACAGAUUUUAAUGUCUCACCAUUAGAGAAGUUGGAAAUUAACAUACAUAUCAGACUCCUGUGUUUUAGUUAAUUGGAGAGUAAGAAUGGCUAAUGUUUCUUUGAGGACCAGCAGUGAUUACCCUAUCACUGAGUACAAAUAAAUUGUUGAACAUCUUUAUUUUUGUUGUAUUAAAAUUUUAGGUUAAAUUUAUAUAUGUAUGAUUAGAUAUUGAAGGUUGUGAAAUGUGAAUGAAAACGUGUAAAGUGAGGCUUCACAAAGAAUCUUAUUCUCUGUGUUUCAAAAGUAUUUGUCCUAUUUUAAAAUAACUUUUUAAAUUGAGUGGUUCUGGCCACUUAAAUGACACGAUUGGCACUAUUUUCCCAAAGGUGGGAUUUAUUCUUCCCUUCAAUCUAUUAACCAGUUGUAUAAAUUGAGUUAUGGUGUCCUUCAGUGUAAGAGGCAUUAAGAAAUUCUUUGUGAAACAUCACUGCUUGAUAAAGUAUAUACGUAUUUAGCAUCCUUGUUUUUCUUUGUGCUAAAGUGGAUACAGCUGUUGGGGCAGAAGAGACGGGACCAGCUGCUGGCCACAUUUCCUGCUUUAUUUUAAAAGGUAGUAUAAGAAAUGAGGAAAAAGAGGUAAUAUCAGGGCUUCUGCUGUUUUUUAUUUUUAAAAUGUUCAUAAUUAAAAAGUACUUUCCAGCAGUCCAAAGAUGUAAGUUAUCUUACACAUAAAAUGUUUUAUUUUGUUGUUAUUUGGUUAUGAAAAUGGAAUCCUUGUUCUUGCACAACUGUAAAUGUUUUGUUGCUAGAUAAUACGAUUUGAGACCUGAAUUGGUCUUUGGUUUCCAGUGCAUCACAGCAUAUUUUGUAAAAUCAUCUACUACUGCACUUGAGCAUGAAUGGGUAGUAGCCAAACUCACAAAUUGGAGUGAUGAACCUGCUUAUACCUAAGGGCAGGAGCAAGCCCCUCACAAUGCAGCUGCAUGGGUUUUUAGUGCCUACUGAAUUUUAUAUAUAUAUAUAUAUAUAUAAAAACCAAAAGUAGUUGGAAAGAUUAUUUGAAAUGACUAAUUUGUGCUAUCUUUAUGAAAUAUGUUAAAUGUAGCCUUUUUGAAACAGAAGCCUUGAAUUGAAAUUUAACUAAUACUUGAACAUUUUGUAUAUAUUUCUUUGUAUAUAAUUUUGUGCAGUACCAAUGACAAAAAUAUGGUGUCAUAAUAAAACCAGGUUUGUUGAUCUUUUAGUUAUGGGCUCAAAGAAUUUAUUCAUCUCUAACAUGACAUUGGAAAAUAAUGGAUAAAAAUAGGAAAAAUGAUUGUUGUUAAUGCUGACUGUGGGUCUUAAAAGGUUCUGGAAAGCAGUAAGUUCAUUUUUCUAAAAACUAUAACAUUCUGUUGGAGUAUUUUCUUCCUUACGUCAAUACUUUUCCUGCAUUAUUUGAAAUUGUGGGCUGGGGAGAAACAGUAGUCAAAGCUUUCUGAAUUGAGAUGCUUUGAAAUUCCAAGUGUAGAUUUUUAGAAUGUCAUUUUAUAAAUGGCAGUUUUUGGAAUUACUUGAUAAAGAACUUUUGAAAAUGGAAAGAUUAGUAUGGCCUAUUUUUAAAGCUGCUUUGUUAGGUUUCUUAUGUUUUAUUAACUGUCUUUUCUCAGUUUCCAUUUCAUUUUUUUUUUUCUAGUUUUGGUGACUUAGUGAUUUUGUCAUUUUUUACAUCAACUUCAUGGUCUUGUUUUUACAUGGUGAUUGCAUGUAUUUAGGAUCUAUCUAAUAGGGGCUUUAAAUAAAUUUGGUCAUAUUUAUGUGUAAGCACAUUUUACUGUAAAUGUUUGGGUUUCUGAAUUUAAACAGAUCUGUUUAUUUCAGUAUGUAGUAAACAAUAUCUUAAAGUGUCCGAUUCACUACUUGUUAAUUAAAAAAGUUAUGAUUAAUGUGAAACUGUUGUCUUACUAUUUUUAGAAAAUUGUGUUCUGGAUGAUUAGCACAUGGAUAAAGGAGACUUCUGGAAUAUAAAAUGGAUUGUUUUUGAAAUUUCUAGGUUUGGCUCUAUUUACUGUAAUGGUUGAAAACAAUUUAGUAUUUGGGUGACCCUUUUGUUUUUCUUCUAAAUGUGCCUCUAUGGUAAAAUACAGAACUAGACUAAAGAUGUAGCUUUUUAAUAUUUGUCUUCGAUGGUGGCAGGAGUUCAUACAUUAAUUGAACUAACACAUCAUAUUUUGACCUACUAUUUCUAUCAUAUUGACUUACUGUUUCUGCACUUCUUUGACCAGACUUAUCUUAAAAAGUCCACUUUUGUUAAAAUGUAGUCACACCUCUGAUAUAAUCCAACAAAAAGUGUUCAAAAUAUUUUAAAUAUUUGUGCAUUUUAUAAUCACUAAAUUAAUCUCUCUCUCUUCUCUUUAAACAGCUUAGCAGUGUCUGCAAAAACGAAUCUUUUCCUACAACCUGUUAACUGACUGGACUGAUGGUAACAAAGUAAUUGUGAGAGCCAUGUCGGUCAAAAAUUUGGCAUCUGCUGAAAAAAAUGAAUGCCAUUUUCAAGUUCCCAAAUUACUUCUAUACUGAUUUCACUUUCCAGAAAUGGAGAUAUGAAAAGAUUCUCUGGAAUCCUUGAAAGACUUAAUAGAGAUACAUGAGACUAAGUUAAUAUUGGAACAAAAUUAUACUUUGUCUUUCAUGGGAGUGAUACUCAGUUAUUGCAUAUCUUUACAAAAUUGUAACCUUUGGAGAAUUACAGUAUUUCAUCAAGAAAUUAGAGUUUUUACAUAAUCAAGAGCAUAUUCUAUGGAAUUAACAUUUAGUGGACUAGAAUUACGUAAGCAGGCCAUCAGUGAUCACAAGGCAUAUGAGUUUGUAUUUAUUUCCUGGAACAUGAGAGCUAAUUUGGAGUACAGACAGACACCCUGCUGAGUAGAAUAUAAAAAUUAAUGUAAAGUUCUGAACUAUAAAGAGUAGUCCUUUUAAAUAGAUGCAUUGAUUUGUAUAUCUUUGAAAAAGUUGAUUAUGAUUAAAUGUGUGGGUAGUUAAUUACAAUUUAGGGUAACAACCAGGAUGUAUGGAUUCUGAGGUUUUGGCUUCUUGAGCUUUCUCUUGAGUACUUGAUACUGUUUUUUGAAUAUUUUGAGGUUUCUAAUUAAUGGUAUGCUAGUUUCUACUGUUCUAUAUAAAAAUUUAUCUAGUGUUGUAUAAGGGCUUUAGUAUUCUGGAUGAUGGGAGUGGCUUUUUGUGGCAUAUGGUUGUUUUACUUAAUUGAAAUAUUUUUUCAGUUUAUUACAAGUGUGAAAAAACACUCAGAACUCUGGAUUGUUUUAUUUCAUUUUUGUUGGAUUAUGUUAAUACAUUCCUUCACCUGGUUUAGAUUGAGUCAUUUUAUCUCACUCAUUUGGAAAUGUGCAGCUGACAGAAGAGGGAUUGGGGUAGGAGAUUGGCUCUUACUUCAUAAUAAAUAUACAGUUGGUUAUUGUAUUAUUCAAAACUUGUUAAAUCCAGUCAGUUUCUUACCAUUUUAAAUGUAUUCAGUGCCUGUGAAGCCAGGCAGCAAAGAGUAUUCCCACUGGCUUAAAACUUAAGUGCUGAUGCUCCUACAGUACAGCUAGUUACAAUUCCAGAACCCAAAGGCCUUAACUACUUUGGUGACCUUAACUACUACUUUGAUAGAACAGACUGGGUAAUUCACUGAUAAAGAGUCAUUAUCUUUUUAAUAUGUGAUUACCUAGUUCAGCAUUUUGAAUGUGUAGUUUAAGGUCUCUCUGAUUUAGUAAAAUUUUAAAGCUAAAUAAUCUGAUGACUCUUGAAAGUUUAAUUGGUACUAUGACAUUUAUGUUUUUUUCCUCCAGACUCACAGCCAAUACAAAGUUUUGAGACUCUCCUAAAUGUUAAUAUUUUUGCUGUUUUUCUGAGCUGUUUUUUUAUUUACUUACCACCUAAGCUGGGGAUCAAAAAGGGAAUUCUUCCAUUAGAAAUUUGUAGUGUUAUGUGUGGCCAGCACAGUAUUUUUCAGAUUUGAAUUUCAGUACCUUUAUGUGUAGCCUCAGUACUCUCAACACCAGUCACUCUUUAUUGUCUUAAAAUACUCCAUACUUUUUGUUGACCCAAAAUUGUUGAAAAUAUUUUGCUCAGUUUUCACAAUGAACUAAUUGAAAAGUGUAGUUACUGUGUUGUAAACAUUUGUGUAGUUCUGCUAAUAUACUGAUUUGAAUUUUAUUUAUCUUAACUUCCUUUAGCGUCUGCCUCCAAAUUUUGUCUUUGCUGUAUACCCACUGAGAUCAAUUCCCUAGACCCCUCUAGCUCUUAGUGUACUAUAAUUUGGGCUUUAUAAAAUAUAUUAAUGUCUUAAUUUAAAUAGAAUGUGAGCCCUCUUUUUUUUUAAGCCAAAUAACUACACAAAAGAAAUUAUAAAAGAUUUAGUUUGUCUACUGUGACUAGACUGAAAUAUUAAAAAUUGAGGGUAGUUUACUUCAAGUGUUAGCUACAAAUGACUCAGUGUCCUUAAAUAAUGCAGGUAUCUGCCCUCUGAACAAAAAUUUUGGCAAAGUAAAUUUGUAGCAACAGACUUAACAUGAUUUAUUGUUUAUGUUGCCCAUUUAUGCUAAUGGAAAAGAUAAUUUAAAAAUUUGUGGCAGAGGACAGAUAUUAGAAAUACUUUUUGGUUACAGAAACCAUUGUAAACUCAUCCUCAAUGGUAUUAUGCUAGGGAGUAAUUGGACUAGGAAUGUUUAAAUGUGCUCAGUCGUCAGAGAACUUAGUUAUAUCAUUGGGCUUUGAAUUAUCUAAGUUGAUUACAUAAUUCUAUAUUCUUAAGGAGUCUAACUCGGUACUUGGGUUAAUGCCAGAAAUUACUUUCAAUUCAUUGUUUUUUCACUGGGAUGAGUAGAACUCUGCUUUUAGUAAAAGUGACAGAAUGUAGGUAAAAUGGAUGAUUUGGGGUCAGAGCUUUUCAUCUUGAUAUUUUAGCCUGUAAAAUAAACAGCUAUAUUGUUUUGCCCUUUAAA